CUCGUGCUCAUUAUCGGCCAUGUCUUCCCAACUAUCUCGGUCGCAACGCUUAAUGAUCAUUAUAGGCAUAUCGUUCUCAUUCUUCGUUGCCGAGAUUUCAGUUGGCUUUUAUACUCACUCUCUCGCCCUCGUCGCUGAUGCAUUUCACUAUGUAUGUCCAGAUCUACGGAUCAACUUGCCUAGAUUUGAUAGCUAAACUACCUUCUACAAGAUGAAUGAUUUAGUUGGGUUUAUCGUUGCCCUUAUUGCGCUCAGGGUAAAUCAGCUCCAACUCCCACCGAUUAUAUUCACUUACGCGCUCGAUCCAGAUCUCGCAACGUGACAACACCCCUAAAGCGCUGUCAUUUGGUUGGCAAAGGGCACAGCUUCUAGGCGCCUUCUUCAAUGGCGUUUUUCUCUUAGCACUCGGUGUCAGCAUCUUUCUACAAUCAAUAGAGCGAUUUGUGUCACUACAAAAGGUCGAAAAUCCAAUGCUAAUUUUAAUAAUGGGAUGUGUUGGUCUUACCCUGAACAUCAUCAGCGUUACAUUCCUCCAUGAACAUGACCACGACCACGAAGGCACAAACGAGCUUCCAGCUGCUACUGGAACUGAUAACAACAUCGACCUUUCUACGCUGCAAGACACAACGCAUCCCCAUCAAGAUCAUCGCCAUCAAGUAAUCGAACCCAAAGGAAAAGGCCACGAUCUUGGUAUGAUGGGUGUCCUAGUACACUUGAUUGGAGAUGCCAUCAACAAUGUCGGUGUUAUUAUUGCAGCUGCGGUGAUAUGGAAAGCCAAAUACGAAGGGAGAUUCUACGCCGAUCCUGGGGUUAGUAUGGGUAUCGCCAUAAUGAUCCUGCUUUCAGCAUUACCUCUUGUCAAAAAUAGCGGUACGAUCUUGCUCGAGAGCGUGCCGCUCGGCGUUAAUCUUGAUGAUGUAAAACACGAUCUCGAAAAGGUUGAAGGAGUGGUAUCUAUACACGAGUUGCACGCGUGGCGUCUGAGUCAGAACAAGGCUCUGGCAUCGGCUCAUGUCCUUACUUCUGACGAUUCGCUCACAAGUUUUAUGAAUCAGGCACGGCUCAUCAACCAGUGCCUGCAUGCUUAUGGAAUUCAUUCUACUACGCUACAACCCGAGCUCGCAACGUCUAUCGGAGGCGACGGUGGUAGAGAAUUGCAUGGUCUGCGUCAGCGAACAGUCAAAACAGCCAGUUGUCAAAUCAGUUGCGGAAGUCUCUGCGAAGACUUGACAUGUUGUGGCUAAGGGGAUUAGGCCGUCGCUUCACACAGAAUGUCCACAUCAUGUGCAUGGCAAGUGCGGAGAGAGCAAUCAUUAAGGUCGGUAGAAUGUGUAAAAUAACAAUGUAUACUGAGCUCCUGAAGAA